AUGAAGACAAGAACAGAUCAUGCAGUUAUGGUGAAGAGUGGUGGCGCCGCGCCCGGCGGUCGGGUGCGGUCAUUGACCCCCUCGGUUCACCCUCGACCGUUAUCGUCGAUAUAUGGAAACUUGCUUGCAGGUGUAAAGUGUGAACCAGAGAAAAUUUACAUAUCCAAAAUACAUCAAUCGAUCCGAAAACGAGAAACGAAAGAGGAAAUGCUCGGGCAACGGUCCAGUCUCCUGCUGUGCCUGUGGGCGGGCCUGUUCGCGGCGUGUUGGGCUCAACGGGCGGAGCAACUGCUCGCCCAGAACCCCUGCUCCAGCAAGACCACGUGCAGCGACUGCAUCCGCACCGCCAGCUGCGCGUGGUGCUUCGCCCCCGAGUUCAACGGGCCGCGGUGCUUCAACCCCGCGAUGGAAGGCGGCACCGCGGGCUGCGACGAGGCUUACAUAUUCAACCCCGACAACCAACGCUCCAUAGAUCAAAUGUACAACAAAGAGCUUACCAGAGCAAGGGGUCGAAUGGGCGCGGGCAUGGAGUCGUCGUUUUACGAAGAAUCUUUCAGCAGCAACAGUUUCAAGGGUGGCAGCGGAUACUCGGCCGGUGGUGGAUAUUCAGGCGGCGGUGGUGCGGGAUUCGGUGAAAAUUUGGUGCAAAUUAAGCCACAGAGGGUGAAAAUGCAGCUCAGAAUGAAUCAGAUGCAUAAGAUGACAUUCUCGUACGCCCAAGCUCAGGACUACCCAGUAGACCUGUACUACCUUAUGGACCUCAGUAGAUCUAUGAAGAACGACAAGGACAAACUGAGCACGCUCGGCAGUCUGCUCUCGAGUACCAUGAGGAACAUUACUUCCAACUUCAGAAUCGGCUUCGGGUCAUUCGUCGAUAAACUGGUCAUGCCUUACGUGUCCACUGUACCGAAAAAUUUGAUUUCCCCUUGCGACGGCUGCGCCGCACCAUAUGGUUUUAAGAACCAGAUGUCGCUUAGCAACGAUACGGACUUCUUCGACAAAGCGGUGGCCGGUGCCGACGUGUCGGGCAAUUUGGACGCGCCGGAAGGCGGCUUCGACGCCAUUAUGCAGGCGAUCGUGUGUCAGCGGGAAAUCGGGUGGCGCGAGAAAGCGCGCCGCCUGCUCGUCUUCUCCACGGACGCGGGCUUCCAUUACGCCGGCGACGGGAAGCUCGGCGGUAUCGUGCAACCCAACGAUGGAGAAUGUCACAUGGAGAACAACUCAUACACGCAUUCAACCAUACAAGAUUAUCCGAGCAUUUCACAAAUCAAUCUGAAGGUGAAGGAGCAUGCCAUCAACGUGAUCUUCGCCGUGACUUCCGAACAGAUCAGCGUUUACGAACAACUAAGCAAGCAUAUUCAGGGCUCUAGCAGUGGAAUUCUCAGCGAAGACUCCGACAAUGUGGUGGAUCUAGUCCGAGAACAAUAUAACAAAAUAACGUCAACUGUGGAAAUGAAACAUACAUCUAGUGACGCUGUUCAACUAGUGUAUUACUCAUCGUGUCUCGGCAGCAAGGAUAACCUCAUUCAAACAAACAAAUGUGAUGGUCUGAAGGUUGGUGACGUCGUCGAGUUCACAGCGGAAAUAACACUCAAGGAGUGCCCCAAGGACCCCAGCAAGUGGAAGGAAGUUUUCACAAUCUACCCUGUCGGUAUGUCGGAAAGUCUCACCGUGGAGUUGGAGAUGGUGUGUGACUGCCCCUGCGAACAUCCGGGGCACCAUGCGUACAGCGACAGCCCGCUGGUGUGCAGCGGGCAGGGCAUCUCCGCGUGCGGCGUGUGCGUGUGCAGCCCCGGCCGCUUCGGCAAGGGCUGCGAGUGCUCCGCGCACGGCGGCGCCUCGCUGGAGCAGGAGCGCGGCUGCCGGCCCGCGAACGCCUCCAGCGGCCCGCUCUGCUCCAACCGCGGCGCCUGCAUCUGCGGCGUCUGCGAGUGCAACAAGCUCGACGACCCGCUCAAGGUGAUUUCGGGUCCUUUCUGCGAGUGCGACAAUUUCACUUGCGACAUGAACAAGGGCGAAUUGUGCUCCGGAAGAGAUCACGGAGAGUGCGUUUGCGGUAAAUGCAGCUGUAAACCAGAAUACACCGGUCCCGCUUGCCAAUGUCUGAAGGACGAGUCGCCUUGCCGAGGAUCCAACGGUAAAAUCUGUAGCGGACAUGGUAAAUGUGUAUGCGGCCAGUGUGUUUGUGCCGUUGAAGAUGAUCGUCAUUAUUCUGGAACACAUUGUGAGAAGAGUCCCGCUCUCCCUGGUAAAUGUAUGGACUUCCAAGAGUGUGUCCUUUGUCAAGUCCAUAAGCGUGGUCGGCUCUAUAAUCCGGAUGAGCCCAAGGAAUGCGGAAAAUGUGACUUGGAACCAGUUAUUGAAGAAGGGAAAAUCGAAGCUAACGAAACUCUGAAUGAACACCUGUGUAAUUUCUACGACGAUGACGACUGUCUCUACGUCUAUGUGUAUUCAUACAAUGAGACUGAACAUUUGCACAUUAGAGCACAAAAAGAGAAUGUGUGUCCGCGAAAGGUUUUCAUCCUCGGAAUUGUGCUCGGAGUGAUAGCCGCCAUUGUGCUGGUGGGGCUGGCGUUACUUAUGCUAUGGAAGAUGGUGACCACAAUACACGAUCGGCGGGAGUUCGCGCGAUUCGAAAAGGAGAGAAUGAUGGCGAAGUGGGACACGGGAGAGAACCCCAUUUACAAACAAGCAACUUCCACAUUUAAAAAUCCUACGUAUGCAGGAAAA